AUGCCUCCCUCCUCCAACUUGCUUGAGGGCCACAAGCCGAGAUCCAGCUUCAGCUCCGUGGACUGGCUCUCCCAAAGCAGCUGCUCCGGACCAACUCACACCUCCAGGUCCACCGAAGUCACUGGGAGGGGUCUAACUGCCCCCACCUGGGCGUCCAACGGAGAGGAGCCCCCUCAGAACGUGGCCAUCCGCCGGGCUAAGACCUCAGAUCUGCCUGUGCAAGGGACACUUAUGGCUGGACUAAGCAAGGAGCCAGACCCCUGCCGGGCCCCCCGGGUGCGCACAGCCUUUACCGCAGCACAGGUCAGGACCCUGGAGAGUGCCUUCCAGCUUCACCAGUACCUGGGCCCCCAGGAGCGGAAGAAACUGGCCAAAGAGAUGUGUCUCACAGAGGUGCAGAUAAAAACCUGGUUUCAGAAUCGAAGAAUGAGACAUAAACGCCAAAUGCAAGACUCACAACUCAGUGCUCCCUUCGUAGGACCCCUCUACACACCCCUGACCAUGUGUCCACCAUCUCCUGUCCUGGGCAGUGGCCUGCAGCUGCUCUACCCUGGCGCACUCCUGCCCGCACCCCAGGCUCUGGUCUUACCUCCUGCCGCCUUCUGGGGCUCCUGCCCCAUGGAGCAAGCUGUGUUGUCCUCAGCAUGGGAUGUCUGCAGCAGACAGCCUCUGGCAUGCUUUCUCCCUGAACUGGAGGAUCAGGUGUAUUCACUGGCCUCCUCCAGGGGGCCCUGGGGCCUGUGUGCUCUCCCUGAGAAUCGGGCUGCCUUUUGUGGAGAGUGGAAGCCCAGAAAGCUCCAAUGGGGGCAGGUGGACGUUGCUGCCCCUGCCCAGGAGUUCCUAGAAGAGCCGGAGGAGGGUGAGGAGGAGGGUGGUGCUGCUGGCCAGGCCACUGAGGCUGAGCUUGGCAUCCCCGUUCCUGCAUCUUCCAUCGCCCACCAGGCCCCCACCCCGACUCCAUUCCACAGCAUUGCAGGGGUUGGACCGGGCGGACCCCUCUGCAGCGCGCCACUCCCGCGAUGUGGGUUCUGCAGUGUCCCAGAGGAACCCUCUUUUCCCACAAGGUUGAUCCCUUCGGGCCCAGAAAGGAAGCUUGGAAGGCCCUCGGCCAACCGCGGGGAGGAGAACGGCGAGGCCACAUCCUCAAAGAAGUAUAUGCAUAGGAAAAAGGUACGACGAGCCGGUUCUGCGAGAAGUUGUCGGGGGGACAGACGUGUCGCCGCUGCCGCCGGACCCCCAGCGGGUCCUGGGCGGCAGAGUCGAUCGAAGCGGGAGAAAGCUCACUGCCGUCGCCGCCGCCGCGCUCUGCCUGCUGCCGCCCAGCGCGCACCCUUUUAUGCGCUGAGAAGACCUUGGCGAUCCCGCACGCGGCAGCGGUCACAUGCGGUCAUCCGCGGUCUAGUGCCAAGGGCCCCGUCCCACCCCCGCACCUGCGAGAUUGAGACACAAAGCCUGCUCAGACGAGGCUCGGGGCGGGCGGGGCAGAGCCGGGGUGCCUGGGAUCCUGGUGGGGCGGCCUGGCCCGGUACCUCCCGACACUUAUCUCCCGAAGAGCCUCUGCUUGCGUCAGGGGCCCGGAACACGCCGCAGGGAGAAGAUCGCGUCCUGGGAGGGGCCUCUCCAGCCCUGAAAGCCGAGAUAGCGGCGCCUCCGGCAACUCCCUCAGCCUCAAACCGUGGCUACCACCCUACUCCCCAGCCCCCUGCCCGAUUCUGCCAGAACACCCCUGGGGUCUGGUCCUGGGGUGUCCAGUGUCUGGGCCUGGGAGUGCUGAGACCAGCUGUGGGUGCCGGCAGGCUUGGCCAGCCCUCAGCCCAGCUGGAGGAGGGAGCUUCAGCCUGCACCCAGCUGGCUAGGCCGCUGCCCAAGGAUGACUGGACAGUGUGGAGGCUGCAGCCCAGUAGCAGGGAGACUGGGCCCUGCUUUCCUGCUGCAGGCUCAGCCUUGGGCAAGUGCUUCUGCGAUUACGUCAGCACUUUUUCACGGGGGUCCCGAGAGCAAGGCACUGAGCUGAUGCUGGACUACGGAGUUGGGGAGCGUCCACACUCGGGGGGCCUCAGACAGAAGCUCCCCCAGGCAGCUGACCCAGAAACCUCUGUCCUUGUCCUGCCCACCACAUUGCAGGUUAACACCCAGGGCAGAUUACCCAAUAAGCAAGGGCCUUGGCUGGGGGCCUUCCAGCCAAUGGAACUCCAGGGCUCAGUGCAGGCCCAUCAGGGCUUUGCCCUGCACCUCACCUGCACCUCACCUGCACCUCUGGACAAGGGCGGCUGCUGGGGCUGA